GCGGGAAGGUCUUCUUCGUGCGCAACUGGCGGACUGAAGAACUAAACAGACUGUCGUUGACAGGCGCGCACUGGUCCCAGUGCGGUUGAGCUUGACCAAAGCUGCUGUGGGCUUGAGCAAAGCUGCUGUUAGCUGCUGUAUAAGCUGCUGUAAGCUGCUGUAAGCUGAUUGUGGCGAUUGAUUGGGGGGAAUCUGUGGCACAAUUCAUUCCAUGAGUGCUUGCUGGUUCGUUCCAGCUGUUAGCGUUGCCCGACUUUUGAAUUGAACGGUGGGGAUUCAGGAUGCCGCCGAAGAAGAAAUCGAAAUCGAAGAGUGGCCGCUCGACGCCCGCGUCGAAGAAGAGCGGCAAGGAAAAGAGGGGGAGGAGAGGAAAGAAGAAAGGGAAUGCCAACGCUUUCUUUACAUCGGAAGAUGACACGCUUGCCUUCGGUUUCCGGGCGGGUGACAUCAUCCGGACACCUCUUGGACUCAUCUGUACUGUGAUAGGAGUGAAGUACACGAGGCCUGGGGAUAAGGAGUCGGGUCAACUGUGGGUGGAAUAUGAAGGCGAAAAGCGGUUUCCCCUGGAGAGGGAUCUCGGGUACUCAAGGUGUGGAGAGGCAGACCAUAUUUGGCGGGAUGUCAUGCAGCUUAAGAAGAGUGUGCGGCAGGAUGAAGACCUGCGAAACAUGGUUGAGGCCGAAAACAAACGAAGGCUCGAUAAGAUUGCUGCAGACGAAAGUGCCAAGGCAGAGAAGGCGGCAAGGAUGCGAAAGGUCGCAUCGGAGAUAGCCUCACGGAUUGCUGCAUCGAGAGCUCAGUCAACGCAAGACAGCCAAGGAGCUGGAGACAGCCGGACUGGCUCUGCUAGGGGCGAUAGUUCAAGGGGAAGGUCCAGGCCUACCUCUUCAGGAGGAAGUGAGCAGAAGCCAUCAGCUUCGAGGACACCAUCUCAGUCAGUAUCCAGACCUCCAUCUGCAGGAGGAGAAACACCCAUAAUAACACCGAAAAGUGCAUCUCGAGCGUCCUCCUCACGACCUGAAACNCAGACCUCCAUCUGCAGGAGGAGAAACACCCAUAAUAACACCGAAAAGUGCAUCUCGAGCGUCCUCCUCACGACCUGAAACACCAGCCUCCGCACACACCACCUAAGGGCUCAAUCAAGAGGCGUGUCUGACUUACGGGCAAACAAGCCCAGCGAAAGAAGCGAGUGCACUGACCGAUCAGCGACUUGAGGUCGGCUGUCCCACAAGUCCGCUCGGAUGUCCGAGGAGCUGAACGAGCUAGCAUCAGAACAUAAGGCGAGUUUUCUUAUCCUCACAAGAAAUGACAGCAGCAAGCAGUGAGCGUGCUGACUGACCAACAACUUGACUUCAGGUCAGCUGUCCCACAAGUCUGUUUGGAUGUCCAAGGAGCUGAACGAGCUAGCCUCAUAGCAUAAGGCGAG